GGUAACACUAAACAUCGAUCCUUUCUUGUCACAAGUCUGCUCUUUCCUUAAUUGUUGGUUGGAUUAUUCAUCCGUCAUUCGCUGAAUUUUCGUGGCGUCGAUCGAUACUUGAGGGGGUGGUGUCGGUGAUGGCACUUGAAGACGAAGAAAACGAGGUCGACCCAGUUGUGUCAAUAGAGUAGUGUGGUGUAGUACCUCCUUUCCCUUUUUUUAUUUUUUUACUUCAAACUUUUUGAGUUGGAAUGCGCCAUCUAGGAUUUUUUAUUUUACUUUUUAUUAUUAUUAUUUUUGUUGAACGCGCCACCCCGGAGAAAAAAAAAAAAAUGAAGAAGAAGAAGAAGAAGAAGAAAAAAUAAACGCUGCCAAGAAAAAUGGGAGCGAAAAAGAGGACGAUCGAUCCAUUCGACUCUUGUGUUCCCGAGUGGAUCAUAUAUCUGUGGGGAAUGUUAUGCAAUUGUUUCCGCACAAGGACGAACCAGCGUUGUCAUCGAAACGCCCUAGAUUGCUCUUGUUAUCCAGCAGCCAUCAAGGAGAACAAAAACAAUCGAUCCUGGCCCGCAUUUCGCACGACUAGCUCUCGUCGGAUCUCGAAUUUAGAAAAUGUUUUCCUUUUUCUUCUGCUGCUUCCGUUCGGGUAAAAUGGCUCUGUCUGCAACAUCACCCGAAUGUCUGCCACGGGGUGAAUUAUGGACAACUCCUUCUCUCUUGUCUCCUACGACUGUCUGGUCCGCCACUACCGUGACACAGUGGGCGGAGGCGGCUCAGAUGAUCGAUCGUGGAAAAUGUGACGGUGCAAAUGUCUAUCGACUGCUCCAUAUUUUUGUAGAAUCAAGUUAAAUAUUUAGAAUGGAAAUGCCCUGGCGCUUCUAUUUAAUGGCGAUCGUCAUCUCCCUGGAAAACUGUCCGUGAGUGAGACGGUCUUGCUGUUUUGUUUGACCGUAUAUACCCAACGGCCUUUAUGCCGAAAUGAAAUACUCUCUUCCGUUGAAGUGGAUGUCCAGUAUAUAGUAUAGAACGGGCAUUUUUGCCACUAUCGUCUCGAUGCGGCGGACCACCAACUCUCCACGGUUUCCUCCCUAUAUUAAAUCAUUCUUUGUAUUCCAUUAUUUUGUGAAGAAGGCGAGUGAGCGCGCGUGUGUCUCUCCCCGCUAUCCAUCCGGAAUAAGUAGACGAGGCGGAUUGUGAGAAAAGAUAGCGAAUGAGAGCGGAGAGAGGAGAGAUAUGGAAAAAAAAAAAAUAGAAGAAGAAGAAGAAGAGGAGAGAGAGGGGGUGGCGUGAAAGAGCGCUUGCGCUGGAUCAAAAGAAGGCGGCCGGCUUCAUUGAUCGAGCAACAGCAGCUGAGCACAGAGUCAGUCUCGCUCUUUCCGCUUUGGCUCCUGUGUACUCGCUACUUUCCUUGCAUCUCUUCACAGCCUCUCUGCGCCGAAUUGUCCAGACGAGCUGCUGAUUAUCCCUCUCUUGCCUCUCCCACAGCCGCAUCAUCCGUCCAACUGGAUCCCUUUUAUUUUUUCUUACGGCACCACUUCUUCACCUUUUUAGUAUUCUGGCGACAUUUUUCCCUACAUGAGCUGAUUCAACUUUUUUUUAUUUUUUUUAUUUUUUAUUUCUUGACUCGACUUUUGGAACGAAGAGAAAGAGAAAUGUCCACAGUUGCGUGACCCGCCUUUUGGCCACUGUGUGUGUGUAUGUGGGGUGGUGGUUGUUGGUAGUGUGUCUCAGGCAUCUCUACGUAGAAUCCACCAGUCGUCGAAGGGAUAGCCGAUUGACCAGACCUGUCUCUGACGUUACAUCCACGUAGGUGUAGCCCUUCUCACCACACUACUACUACUCCGGGAAAUUCGUUCUCUUCGCCUGAGAUAACGGACAGCAGAAUGACGGCAAGAUGAAGAGAACUUCUUUUUGCACCAUGAAACCCGAUUGAGCUACUGAGUGCGAUCCUCUCAUCAGAAAUCGAUCCUCACCAUCCGGCGGGUUGACACACACACACACACUACAAGAAGAAGGUCCUUUUUUCCUCUUCCCAACCGUCAUCUUUUUUUGUGCGACUCGUACAUGGGUUGUGGUGUGUGUGCUGCUAUUGUUCGAUCGACUGUGAAACGAGGGGAUGAUCUAGGAGGCAGACGGAGCCAUUGAGCUCGAUGAGGAUGAAGAAGCAGAACGUACGUACUCUCUCACUAAUCGUCUGCACCUUCACCUACCUGCUGAUCGGCGCCGCCAUAUUCGACGCCCUGGAAUCUGAUAACGAAGCCAAAAACGCACAAGUUCUCAGAGAAAUGGAAAACAUGAUUAAAGAGCGCUACGGGAUCGUGGAUCGAGACUAUAGGCUGAUGGAGGUCAUGGUGUUGAAAGGAGCUCCUCAUUACGCUGGCAAACAAUGGAAAUUUGCCGGUGCCUUCUACUACGCCACUACCGUCCUCACGACUAUAGGCUACGGACAUUCGACGCCACACACGAUCGGCGGCAAACUGUUCACCAUGGCCUACGCCCUGGUCGGCAUUCCGUUGGGUUUAGUCAUGUUCCAGAGUAUCGGCGAACGGCUCAAUAACUUUUCAUCUUUCGUUAUACGCAACGUCAAACGCGUCCUCAAGUACGACAGCAUCGAAGCGUCGGAGACCAACCUAAUCCUUGUCGUGACGGCAAUCACGACGAUUACGAUAUCGGGUGGAGCGGCGGCCUUUUCCAAAUACGAAGGGUGGACUUACUUUGAUUCGAUUUACUACUGCUUUGUGACGCUAACGACCAUCGGUUUCGGCGACAUGGUGGCACUCCAGCAGGACAAUGCCCUGACCGACAAGCCAGAGUACGUGGCGUUCGUUCUCAUUUUCAUCCUGUUUGGAUUGGCCAUUGUUGCCGCUUGCCUCAAUCUCCUCGUUUUGCGGCUCGUCACGCUAAACACGGAAGACGAACGAAGAGACGAAGCUGCCGCUGUCAAGGCCGCGCAAGGAGCUGUCCGUCUCGAAGGGGACGUGAUCACAGCCAACGGAUCGAUUCUGUCCGGCCAAAUCCCGCGAGAGCAAGGCGGUGGUGGUCUCGCCGGUUCGCUCAUCGAUUUAGAAGAUUCCAAAUCAGUAUGCAGCUGCUCCUGCCAAGUGGCACACAGUCACUGCUUCCCUUGCCUCUCGAUGGUCGCCCGGGGAAGACGAAACAAGGGCCGCAAGGGCCGCAAGGCUGGAGGGGCCGUACUCGGAGCAGAGUACUCGUGCGGCCCCGGAUCCGCUUCGAUGGUUGGGCGCAGUUACGGUGCGCUGAGUAACACGGGCACCUACAGUGCCGCCAGUCUAGGCAUCUGCGACGAUACCAUCUUUCUCGAGCGAUACACUCCAGCCAGCGGCGGAGGCGACGGUCUCGACCCAGAGACCGGCCACCAGGGAGAAUAUUUCGAGCUUCAGAAUACGGAAUCCUCCAUGUCUGCCCGAUUGCGUUCUGGCGUCAUUUACGCUUCAUCCACCAGAUCGUCCAUGACGGCCACUUCGCCGUCUAGACUUUAUCCGACAUUGAGGAGCACUGCCAGCGGAGUAGAGAGUCCCACACCUGACCGAGUGCUGACCCGACGUCGUCGAACUGGAGGGCCGACUAUUAAUCUGAGUUUGCGUGGGUUGAUCCGACGUCUUCGUCAUUUCCGUCGACGAGUGAUGAGCACCUUGCAACAUGGACGCCCUACUGCUCGCCAACGAGUUUCUCAAGCCCGCUCACGCAAAUCGUCGCUAGCGGCUGCCAAGCAACGGAGCUGCGUCGUUCAAGCGCCGGCCAGUCUCUUGACAUCGGUUCCUAAUGCCGGGCCGCCUCCGAUUAACAUUGGUGCUCCGGUUCCUUCUACCGACGAUUCCAUCGACUGUUUUGUUGACGUUCCUCUCAAUGACAACACAUUUCUGACAUGGUCAUCAUCAGCCCUGGCUGAGAAACGGGCAUCAUACUGAAAAAUUACCAGUGCAAUACAUGAAUUAGAAGUGGGGUGCUAAGAGGAGGAAAUGUGACUUGAUUGGAUUGCUAGUGAAACUGCGAAUGUAAUGUGAAGAUACAUCAUUGGAACGUAUCGGCGCUACCGCUAGUUUCCUAUUUAUUCAGAAUUUUUCAGUAGUUCAUUCUUUUUUUAAAAAUUGUAUUCAUCUCGAACCAUUUUCAACGUGUAUUUUGCAUUCCAUCACGAAAUCCCUAAGAAUGAUUCCAUUUUUUCAGUAUUUUACGAAUCAGAUUAAAAUACUUCCAUCUUGUACAGAUUUUUUCGUAAAUUACGAAAUUAUUCGAUUAUUUCUCGUUGUGAGCGUCUUUGAAAAGUCAAAUACAAACAAGGGGAAAUGA